GCAUCCUGUGCGGGUAAACAGACAUGGCCGACGAAGGAGACGGAGGGCAGCCUGGGGACAACAUGGGCAAUCGGCUGCAGCUGGUCUCUGUAGAAAGCGAGGAAGAGGAUGAAAAUGAAAUGGAAGUUGAAGAACAGGACAGAAAGGAAGCCAGAAAACCAUCCGUCAUAAAUUUUGACACCAGCUUGCCGACCUCUCAUGUGUACCUGGGGUCUGAUAUGGAAGAAUUUCAUGGCAGGACGUUACAUGACGAUGACAGUUGUCAGGUGAUUCCGGUGUUGCCACAGGUGAUGGUGAUGUUGAUUCCCGGACAAACAUUACCACUUCAGCUUUUUCGCCCUCAAGAGGUUAGCAUGGUGCGCAAUUUAAUUCAGAAAGAUAGAACAUUUGCAGUCCUUGCAUACAGUAAUAUUCUUGACAGGGAAGCACGUUUUGGGACAACAGCAGAAAUAUACGCAUACCGGGAAGAGCAAAGCAAUGGAAUUGAAACAGUGAAAGUGAAAGCAGUAGGAAGGCAGAGGUUCAAGGUCCUUGAAAUAAGAACGCAGUCUGACGGAAUUCAACAGGCUAAAGUGCAAAUUCUUCCUGAAUGUGUGUUGCCUUCAACCAUGUCUGCAGUUCAGUUGGAAUCUCUCAACAGAUGCCAGCUCUUUCCUUCAAAACCUAUAGCAUGGGAAGAUCAGUAUGCGCUUAAAUGUUGGCAGAAAUAUCAAAAGAGGAAGUUUCACUGUGCUAGUCUGACUUCUUGGCCUCCGUGGCUGUAUUCCUUAUAUGAUGCUGAAACUUUGAUGGAAAGAGUCAAAAAGCAACUACAUGAAUGGGAUGAAAAUCUCAAAGAUGAAUCUCUUCCUUCAAAUCCAAUAGAUUUUUCUUACAGAGUAGCUGCUUGUCUUCCAAUUGAUGAUGCCUUACGGAUUCAACUCCUUAAAAUUGGAAGUGCAAUCCAACGACUGCGUUGUGAAUUGGAUAUUAUGAAUAAAUGUACUUCUCUUUGUUGUAAGCAAUGUCAAGAUACAGAAAUAACAACCAAAAUUGAAAUAUUCAGUUUAUCCUUGUUCGGACCGAUGGCAGCAUAUGUGAAUCCUCAUGGAUAUGUGCACGAGACCCUGACAGUAUACAAGGCUUGCAAUUUGAGUCUUAGUGACCAUUCUUCUACGGAGCACAGCUGGUUUCCUGGGUAUGCGUGGACUAUAGCCCAAUGUAGAUAUUGUGGGAGUCAUAUCGGUUGGAAAUUUACAGCUACCAAGAAGGAUAUGUCUCCUCAGAAAUUCUGGGGAUUGACACGAUCGGCUCUUCUGCCCAGGAUUCCCGAAUCAGAAGAUGAAACCGGUCAAGAAAUAGCACCGUUACUUUGCCUGUGACUCUAAUUUGCUUCGAACCUUAUUGUCUCUAAACCAGAUCUCUUCUGAAAAUUAAUGUUUCUUCAGGUAUAUAAUGAAAUAAAAGGCAUCAUUACAUUGAGA